AUGUACGAAGAUUACUUUUCCAUCGACGAUAUUCUGUCAACGCAAGAACGGAUUCGCUGUCAACUACUCGUCGAUAUUCCAAAAUUGGGCUUUCUCGAAUCUUCAUCAGCAACAGCAACGUUGAACGAUGAGAAAAAAGAUCAUGCUGAUGAACAGAACUUCUCAUCAUUGACAGCCAACACCAAACUCGAACUUCCCUACUGGAUGAUCUAUUCGAUCUGCAAUUGCAAAACACGAUUCGCAUCGUUACCUGAACUUCCGUUGAUCUAUUCACGAAUUCAACGGCAGAUUUUUGCAGCUGAUGCAUCGGUCGUUGAUCUAGCCAAGCAAGCAUCUCAUUUCUAUCGACAAGGACGUCAUUUACUCGAGCUGAACUUUGAUGAGAAACGACAAGUUGCGAUGACAUUGUUACAAACAUAUCAACAACGCUUUCGUUCGAUCAUGGAUGCUUCUUUUCAUUUGAUCUUGUUGAGUGAUCAUCAUCAUCACGAAAGUAUGAAACAACAAACUGGAAAAUUCGAAAGACAAGAGAAGAUCUUGCUGAUGUUGGGACAAGCAGCAUUUCGAGACUAUGAUCGACUGGUGAACAAUGAAACCAAACAAAUGUUACCACCGAAAAUUCAAGGAAUGACAACUGAUCUAACGAAUGUUCUCAAUGAAUAUCCAUUCGUGUUUGAUGGUACUGAUUUGUCAAUCGGAUUGUGCUUAAAGUCGUGGAGUGAAGAAUGUCUGUUCGAGAAUUGUAUACAAAGAAUGUACGUGUUUGCUGAACGAUGGAACCAAGAUUUAGUUUAUUUAAAUCUUGUUCGGGCAAAUAAUGACUCAGGUUAUUAUGGCACGGUCGGUUCCGGCUGGUUAGGUUGGUUUUCCGACCAUUUCCUUGCCGCCGGAAGUUCAAACGUAGGUUCCAGUCAUUUCCCGGCCGUUUCCUGCAAACUUCGAGCUGGAAACGGUCAGGAACUGAUCGGAUAUUUCCUGUCCAAUUCUGGCGGCAAGGAAUCUGCCGGAACUUGCUGGAAUCGGCGAAAACUGUGCCGGAAUGAUCGACCUGGGUAG